AUGCUUUCCGCAGCGGAUAUACGCCUCCGGUUGGUGGCUGCUGCCGUCGUUAUUAUGCUCGUCUUGUUCUUUGCCUCCUUUCGAGCACUCGACCCUGAAGCUCACGACAUUCUUGAUUUUCAAGAAGCUUUUCCUACGAUUCUUGAAGGGUCGCAAGCCAAGUCUACUAUCAAGUCGAGCCAACAUUCCGAGUACAUCUAUCAGAUACAAAAUAAGACCUUGGGUUUUCAAAAGAUAUAUAUGAUCUCCCUUCCAGAGCGGACGGACAAACAAGAUACCUUUGCUAUGCAGGCAGCGUUUUCUGAAAUCUCCUAUACGUUCGUGGAAGGAGUACACGGCGGGAGAAUCCCCACGAAAGCGUUACCACACACGAUGAGCCAGAAGGCGAAUGUCAUUGGAUGUUGGCGGGCACAUAAUAAUGUCUAUCAGAAGAUGGUGCAUGAAAAUGUGUCAACGGCCUUGAUUUUCGAGGACGAUGCCGACUGGGACGUGGCAUUGAAGCACCAGCUCGUGCAGUUUGCCAGAGGCUCUAGGUUCAUUGUGAACACCACGGAACGGGAUACACCCCAUUCUCCCUAUGGCGACGACUGGGAUAUGCUUUGGAUCGGCCAUUGCGGUACCUGGGUUCUGCCCGAUGACAACCGCCGAUUCUUCGUCAUCCCUGGCGAUCCUACCGUGUUACCGCCUCGAUUCCGCGACGAUAACGUGGCAAAGCCGGAUAUGAGUCACUGGCAGACCGGGCCCGACGGCGGCGAACGAACAAGGAUAGUCUUCCGUUCAGAAGGCGCAGUAUGUACCGCUGCAUACGCUAUCUCUCAGAAAGGAGCCCGCAAAGCUCUCUAUCACCUGUCCAUGGUCCCUUACAACGCUCCCAUCGACUGGGGACUCGCCAACCUCUGUAAGAACAAGGAAUACAAUUUUAAGUGUAUAUCCCCGUGGCCUCAACUGGUCGGCGUAUCUCGGCCUACAUCGGAUCCCGCUAAAUGGAGUGACAUUGAUUCCCUCCCCGACUCAGAAAGUACGGUUAAGGAAGGGCGAUCAUAUCACUUGGUGUACUCAGUCCGACAGAACGUACCGCUUUGGCUUAAUGGGACGAUAGUCUUUCAUAGUGGCAAUCCUGAUAUCGCACCGCCAAUGGAGAUCAGCGAUAUUGGCAAGGCGACAGGUCACCCCGAAAUUCUGACAUGA